GCCCCGGCGGCGUCAUUCGCUCGCCAGACAGCGCGGGAUUAGGACGCAGGGGGAGGCAGCUCCAAGAAUUUUUGUUUCCCCGCUUGCUGACUCGUUUUAAAGAGUUGAUCGUACCUAUUUUUUUGGCAAUAGGAUUUAGUCAACUCACCACUCUUUUUAAUUAUUACACCCCCAGAUUUGAUAACAGCAUUUGAAUUUUAAGGUUGGCAUGAGAUAAGCUCAGAAGGAUGGCCUCGGGAGGCUGUAGCCAAGGCAGCGUAAUGGAAUACGCGGCCAUGCUCAGCGCGCCCGACCUGGUGUCGGGUCUGCGCGACCUGCUGGCCGACCCGGACCCUCGCGUGGUCAAGCGCACCGUGCGGGUGUUCGCCAACGUGUACCGGCACGCGCUGCAGCUGCUGGCCACGGGCGAGCUGGACGAGGCGACAUUUAAGGGCGCGUGGCCGGCCGUUAAGAGCGUGGCAGAGCAGCUGAUGGCGCUGCUGGCUGCGGGGGAGAACGAGGGCAUCAUCAUUCACAUCAUCCGCUUCCUGGAGGCGGCGCUGGUUGCGCACCUCCUCUCCGACGUGUCCCGCUACCCCGACGUCGCUGCCCAGAGCCCCGAGAUGGUGGACCAGGGCGUGGCGGCGCUCAAAGGACUGAUCACCACGCCCUACGUGGGCGGCUCGGCCUUCAUCGUGGCCAUCCGCGCCCUCAUCACAGUGGCCUGCUACAAGCCCGACCUGUGGCAGCCGGUGACGGAACUGAUCGAGCAGCAGAUCGCGUCGCCGCCGCCCACGCUCUUCGACCACAACGUGCGGACCCUCCACAAGAUGCUGCAGAGGAACCUGUUCCGCCUGCUGCGCCGCACAGAGUCCAUGAGCCUGCGCGGCCGCCUCAUCGAGAUGAUGGUGACGGUGGGCGUUCCUCGGAGAAUGCUCUCGCACUGGGCGCCGCCGCAGGAGUCGAGGAAGCGGCCCGCGCAGGUGACCGCCUCGGAAGACGACAUCACAGGCCGCAACACGCCUCCCAGCAAGAGGCCCAGGGAAGACGACCUCGCGGACGCCGCGCCGGAAGACCAGCCCACUUCGCCGAGCGACUUCAGGGACAGCAGAGACCCCAGAGAAAGCAGGGACCCCAGGGAACACAGGGCCCCCAAGGAGAGCCGAGACCCCAGGGAGAACCGAGAGCCACGUCCAGGCCGAGACCCGAGGACGCAGAAGGCGGCGCGACCUCCUCGAGACCCCCGACUGGCUCUAGAAGCUCAGUCAACGCCCCCUCAGGAGGCGGAGCAGGAGGGCGCCCGCACGCCGCCCGCCUCUGGCAGGUCGACGCCGGAGUCGAAGAAGAGUGAGAAGAGUGACGUCAGCUCGCACUUCGAGUUCCUGAAGAGCCUGAUCACCAGCAACAGCGGCAAGAACUCCCCCGCGCCCUUCGCGGAGCGCUGCUCGCCCAAGGAGAGGGCCGUCUACGACCGGCUGGAGCACCCACAGGUGGUGGAGCUGGUACUCAGCUGCCUGGGGAACGUGCCAGACUCGCCGCCUGAGGACCUGGUGUUGCGUCUGCAGGGUCUCAGCAACGACGUGCAGGGAAUGCGAGAGCGCCUGGCCACUCUGCUGGCACCAAUCAUGCCCGACACCAUCAUGGCCCCGAGUGCCGGUGGCCAUCCCAUAGAAGAGGCGAACGCCUCCAGACCAUCGUCGGCUUCCUCGGGCAGCUCCACAAACGCCCUCUCUAGUUCCAGGGCGAGCCCCCCAACCCGCCAGCGCGAGCCCUCGCCUCCGUCGCCCCCCUCCUCGCCGCCCUCCAACCGCUCCACGCCCAGCGACGCCUCCCAAGAUGUGGACAUGCGGCAGCUGCUUGGCCACGGCUUUGGGAGCGGCGACGUCGACAUGAGGAGCGAGGCCAGAGCGCGGCCCUCCAGGGACCCCAGGGAAGGCAGGAAGCAGCAGAUGCAGCAGCCUCCGGCGGUUAACGUCCCCAGGAGCUCCAUCAUUGACCCCAGAAUAACGUCUGGCCUCGGCUUUGGGAGCGGCGGCCUGGGCCGGCAGGACCCGAGGUCCAUGAGCGGGCCAGCGGGGAUGAGUGGGCCCGUGGGAAUGAAUGGGCCGAUGGUGAUGGGCGGGCCAAUAGACCCGCGAGGCAGCCAGGUGGGCGGCGGGGGGUUAGGGGGCCCCAGUCUGUUUGGGCCGGGCCCUGGGAGUGGUCUGCACCAGAUCGGUGGCCUGCGUGCUCCCUGGCAAAAUGGCAAUAUGCAGGCCAACUCUCUAGCCAUGAUGAUGCACAGUAUCAAUGCCGCCCAGGCAAUUUUCCCUCAGGCGCCGCCCAUGCACCUAUAGCAGCCCCCGUGGAUGGGAGGAGGCUGGGACUAGGGCAGGAGAGAGACGAGAGGGGCCACAGAAGGCGGGGCAGGAAGGCUUCGCGACACCCGGCGCAGGCAGGACGCGCUUCCUGCCGACACUUCGAUACUCACGGAGACCCAUUCCGAAGGCAGCCUGCCGAAGACAUGCUGUACCGGACUACGUUCAUAUUAUUAUAGACUUAUAUACUCGUAUAUAUUUUCUUUAUAUUUAAUUUGGUUUUCUGCGGGUAUCUCCUUCCUAUCAUUUAUCACAUUUCAUAGUGUGUUUCCCUAGUUUAUUAUAAUAAAAUUGUUAUGUUCAGUGCUUAAGGAACUACACGGUAGUUCUUCAGAAGAAACCCUGAAACCUACCUGGCGGCGUAAAGCGUCGGAAACUCAAGGGAUUAGUGUACAUAAUAGAUUGAACAAAUGGAUGUACAUAUUACAUGAACAUGUGCAAACCUGGAAUGCUUGUGAACCGCGAAUGUUGCCAGUUAUUUAUGUUAUGAAUGUAAUCCUGUACAGAUGAUUUUUUUUACAUUUUUGAAUAUACAUAAAACAAUA